AUGAGUGUUCAUGAGUACAGUCUGAGGUUCACCCAACUUUCUCGCUAUUCUCCGGAGAUGGUUACUGACUUGAGAAGUAGGAUGAGUUUAUUUGUUGCUGGGUCGUCUCGUCAGUCAAGCAAGGAAGGCAAGGCAGUUAUGCUGAUAGGGGAUAUGGACCUAGCAAGGCUUAUGAUCCAUAAACCGAAGGGACCUGCCCCAUCAUCUGGUAGUGCAUUUGCGCCUAAGAACAAAAGUGAGUACAAUAGUCAGAAUUCCUAUAGUUUCAGAGCUAAACUUGCCUAUUCUCAAGGCAGUAUUGCACAAAGGGGUAGUAAACCUCCUGCAUUUGCUCCACCAGACAGAGCUUCACCUAGAGGGACUACUUCUGAUACUGGCGGAGGAACAUACCACUUGAGCGAGUUUACCUUUUAUAACUCUUAUGUUGCUAUGAAUUUUCAUGUUAUUCCUGAACAAUGUAGUGAACCAUUCAGUGUUUCUACAACUGUUGGUGAUUCUAUUCUAACAGAAAGAGUUUAA